UAUCAUCUUCCCUGCUGACUGCUCUUCUCCAUUUCGCCACCCCGAAGAUCCCAGUUUCAGUUCGGUUUGCCCUCUCUCUCUCUCUCCAUUAUUUCUUUUUUCCUUCUCUUUUGUUCGAUCAAGGAAAUUCCUUGCUUUUCUCUCUCGGGAGGCCAAUAGAAUUGGGGGAACGGAAAUGGCUAAUAAUGGAGCUAGCAAUGACAGGUUGUGUUCCGGAAAAGAUGAAAUGGACUGUGCCGAGACGACCAUGGUCGAGAUAAAGAUAAAGACGUUGGAUUCUCAAACGUAUACAAUGCGAGUCGAUAAAUGUGUCCCUGUGCCUGCAUUGAAAGAACAAAUUGCUUCGGUUACUGGUGUCUUGUCAGAGCAGCAGCGCCUUAUAUGUCGCGGAAAAGUUUUGAAGGAUGACCAGCUUCUUUCGGCUUAUCAUGUUGAAGAUGGACAUACUCUACACUUGGUUGUAAGACAACCCAUUGCUCCCUCAUCAGAGGGAACUCCUAAUCCAGAUAGGGAUCCUACAACGACUAGUGGCCGUGUUCAAGGCAGUGGAGGUCCUACUGUUUUAGUUAGCAGCUUUAAUAUCUCCGAGCAAGAUGGAGAGCUUUCAACUAGUCGUUUUCUCUCCGCUUUGCUUGGCUCUCUUGGAAUGGCAAAUUUUGGAAGUGGCCCCGAAGGGGUCGAUCUUAACGAAACUCCAUCUGAAAGGAUUUCAAACGCAACUGGCCAAAGAAAUAUUAGCAGACAACCUCCGGAAGUAAGUGUUUCAGGACAACCAUUUAUCAGUUCUGGGGCUUUCUCCUUUCCCGCUGUUGAUCCAAUGGAAUCCCUACAGGCACCUGUUAUCCCUGAUUCCUUAACAACUUUGACCCAGAAUUUAAGUCGUUUGAGGCAGGAAUUCGUAGCUAAUGUUGAAGCACAAAGUAGCUCCAUUCAUCAGGGUGCUGGUUUCCAAGGAACAGCUGGACAAAAUAUAGAUGCAUCAUCAUUUUCUGCUCCACAAAGAGGUGGCCUUCCGACUCCAGCUUCCUUAGCAGAUGUUCUGCUGACUACUAGACAACUCCUUAAUGAACACGUUGCAGAGAGCUUAUCGUUACUUGCUAGACAACUCCAAGGUCAUGCGAACAUAACUGAUGCAUCUGAACGAGCCAGGAUUCAAAAUAAUACGUUAAGAUCAGGAGCACUUAUCCACAACUUAGGGGCUUUGCUACUUGAGCUUGCCAGAACAACAAUCACUAUGCGAAUGGGGCAAACACCGGCUGAUGGUAUCGUAAAUGCUGGUCCCGCUGUAUUUAUAUCACCAACUGGUCCCAAUCCGAUAAUGGUUCAGGUGAUACUGUUGUAUAGAUGCUAUCUUUACUGUGAUCCACAGGGUGGUCUGGUGCUGAUUUUCUUUUUUCUUAAACAUGGAAUGUGCAGCCUCUUUCAUUCCAACCCGGUAUUGGAUUUGGUUCCACUGGUGGAACGGUACAACAUAAUUUGGGAAUUUCUCCUGGAUCCAGUAGAACGAUUGAUAUCAGAAUACGAAGAGUUUUGCCAACAGAUGCAAAUCGAAGAGAUUCCAACCGCUCAAGGAAUACUGGGCAGACUGAUCCUGCAGGCCCAAAUAACGCUGCUAGUUCUGCCCAAGCAGGUGCCCGUGAUCCUCGAGUGCCGUCUUCUGCUGGUGAGAAUUAAAUGUGACUUUCCUUUUUGUACGUAUUUACUGCUAUUACUAACGCUAACGGUUGAGUAGCAGCAGCUCCUGAACCCUCAUCGCGGGGCUCAGUGGGUAUACUAUUCCCUGUUUUAGCUCGGGUGCAGCGCUUUAAUACCAGGACAGUUGCUGCUCAAGCGUCUGAUCAACCUCCUCAUGCUUCCCCUCCUUCUGUUGACGGCGGAAGGGGCCAAUCUGUGCCAGCUUCGCCAGCUGUUGAAUUUCAAAACCUUGGCACUUUUCGGGUGGAUGGCAGCGGUGGAUUGGUUAAUGAACAGGUGGAAGACGGUUUAGGUUCAGGAUUGCCUUCUCAGCUUCUGAGUCGAAUCGAACAGUGGCUUAGGGUUGUAUUACCGAGUGAGCAUCACAAUGCCGAGGUUGGUACUACUCCCCCACCGCAGACUCGCGGUACACAGGCACAGCCUGUCUCAGGGCGCGAUGGAAGUGCACAGCACGAGAAUUCUGGUACGGUGAGUGAAGAGGGAGUCUUCUUGUCUAGUAUUCUACAACACCUGAUGCCCUUGAUAUCAGAAAGUGGAGGAUCUGGAUCCGGAUCCGAUAAUUCAUUGGCAGAUGCACGAGAUUCAACAACGCGGGAUCAAGGUAAUGGAGGGGACAGGGGCUCCUCAUCACAUCGUCCAGAGGACGGUGAUGCUUCUUUGAUGGAGGAGCCUGAAGCAAAACGGCAAAAGAGGGAGUGAGCAAUGGUGGUUGAUCUUUUGGGUUGGUGGUUGCAGGAAGAGAAACUGUUCUUUGUUUCUUGUUCUUUUGAAGAACAGGGUAUGGCAGGAACUUAUCCCCCUACCAUACCUCAAAUACAUACUCCAACAGUACUCUCGCGCUAUAUAUAAAAAUAUAUUUUGUUGGAUGUUUCAUAUGUUUGUUCUUUGGAAGAUGUUGAUGGCUACAGCUUCUGUGUUCUUAUAUGAUUGACGUACUAGUUAGUUAUUUUAAUGAACUGUGAACUGUUGGUUUCCUGCAGUUUACAAAGAGUAUUGUUUGUGUAGGGUAGAAAUUCGGGUGUCAGAUUGAACCGGGUGGGUUUGGUAAGGAGCAACCAUGGUGUAUAUAUAUUUGUGGUGAUGAAAUAGUAAGGAAGAAAAGCUGAGCAAGUGAAAUAGAGUGAAAUUUUUUCUUGGGCGAGGAAGAAACAUGAUGAUACAUUACGGGAGGGAGAUGGAUCGUGACUUGGGAUCAAGAAUAAAUCAAUCAUGCAAGUAUCUAAUUCUAAUGGGAUUGAUUGAUUGAUU